GCUGCCGCUCCACGCGCGCGCCUUCGCUUUACUUUUAACUUCAAACGCUCAAGCGCGCGCGCGCAUCUUUAUGACUAUCCACGAGCGUUUUUUUAACUGUUUUUUUUUUUUUUAGUCGUUUAUUUUUUUGGAAAGUCAGCUGUUUCAGCCGUCUUCAUCCCUCCAGAAUUCAGUUGAUUUGGAACCCUGGGCAUCAUGAAGGUUCACGUUGCCAGCACGGAGACGACUGGACGCUGAGCCUCAUCUGCUUCUCAUCUCAGUUCAGCAGUGCAAGUGAUCUGAGCUUCACUCACGCACAGCCAGCCAAAACGGAGUUCCUUUGAGUGUGUGUGUAUGUGUGUGUGAGUGAGUGAGUGAGUGUGUGUGCUGUUGGCAUGGCUUUCACAUUGUCGGAGAUCAUGGCUGCACGACGGCAGCAGCAGUCUCAAAGAGGAGCGAGAGGAGCGGUGGAGGUGGACGAGUACAGUGCAAACCCUACUCAGGCCUUUACCUUUUACAACAUUAACCAGGGACGCUUCCAGCCACCUCACGUCCAUAUGGUUGAUCCAUUACCCCAUGACACCCCCAAGCCACCAGGUUACACUCGCUUUGUGUGUAUCUCGGACACACACUCGCGCACGGACUCUAUUCAGAUGCCGUACGGCGACGUGUUGCUGCACGCAGGAGACUUUACUGAGCUUGGCCUGCCCAGUGAGGUCAAGAAAUUCAACGACUGGCUCGGCACUCUACCUUAUGAGAUAAAGAUCGUGAUAGCAGGAAACCAUGAGCUGACCUUCGAUCAAGAGUUCAUGGCUGAUCUGAUCAAGCAGGACUUCUACUACUUUCCGUCCGCCUCCAAGCUGAAGCCUGAAAACUACGAGAACGUUCAGUCGCUGCUCACCAACUGCAUCUACCUGCAGGACUCAGACGUUACCGUUAGAGGUUUCCGCAUCUACGGCUCACCGUGGCAGCCGUGGUACUACGGCUGGGGUUUUAAUCUUCCACGAGGACAAGCACUGCUGGACAAGUGGAACCAGAUCCCUGACUCCACUGACAUUCUGCUCACACACUGCCCUCCUCUGGGAUUUCUAGACUGGGUGCCGAGGAAAAUGCAGCGUGUUGGCUGCAUGGAGCUGCUGAACACAGUGCAGAGACGAGUUCAACCCAAAUUACACGUCUUCGGACACAUCCAUGAAGGUUAUGGCAUGAUGACGGACGGGACCACUACAUAUAUUAACGCCUCCGCCUGCACAGUCAACUUCCAGCCCAUGAACCCACCCAUCGUCUUUGACCUGCCCAAUCCCAGGAGCUCAUGAUCGAACUCGGCUCCACCCCCAAUAUCAGGGUUCAUUUUUAAAUGUAUUCGGGUGCUGUUUUGUGUAUAUAGAAAAAGAGACACCACUUUGAAAGAUUUAAGUCUGUUGUCGUGCCAUAUUCUGUUCUUAAAUCCUGACUUUGCUACUGCCUCAUUUUUCAAAUGAUUCUCACGCUUUCGUUGCACUUGAAAUCUCGUGACAAUCCCUCUUGUCUGAUAAUGGUGGAGACCAGGACAGCCAUCAUAUAGACUGCGUGAGACACAAACUUCUGGAAACCCAUAGGAACAUCUGAACUUUGAACUACUUUACAUGGCAGAAGGUUUAAAAGGCCUGUGUGCUGACUGGAUCUAAUCUGAUCUGAUCUGAUCUGAUGGACGUGUCUAUUUCCAGCCUCCGCUCCAGUUCUUCAGCGCUGUACAGACAGGACCUCUCGUCAGGGUUUGGACACCGAAUCAGACACUGGAAAACAGAAUGUACAGUUGCUGUUGUACAAAUAAAUUCUCCAUUUUUAUGCUUCCGUCAUUUGUUUUGUUGUAAAACGUGUAAUGUGAGUGAGUUUGUAGCACACUGUGCUUAAUGAAAUCGUUUUUAAAGCAUCUUUAACCAUCAAAUGUCUUUUAAAGUGCUUAUUAGAUGUUAUAAGCUAAUUUAAUUAACAUUUAUUUUAAAGUAUUUCUCAUCUACAGUAAAAAUGCUCAAAGUGCACUUUUUGCCUAACGAGUAUGUGUUUCUCUACGUGUUCGCACCUGCCUUUUUCUUAGCACCUCCUAGCGAUUGUUUCUUU